GCUUUUUGAGAUGCAAGCUAACAAGGAAAACUUGCUGGCCACGCCCAAACCUAAAGAGAUCAAAAAGAGGCCUUCACUCCAGAGCCCAUUCUCUGCUGCAUCUCCAAAUACAAGACCUGCACCAAGAAAACUAGGAAGACCACUGCACGAGCUUGGUGACCAAAAUCUUGAUGCCACUAGUAUUGCGGAAGAAUCCAACAUUUCGAAAUUAAGCCUCAGCGAAAGUUUGAUAGAGACACCAUCUGCAACUUGCGCUACGAGCUCAGCUGCACGGGUUUGUCAUGGUGAUCAAGCUUCAGAAAUGUCUGCGUAUAUGCAGCCGGAAGCCAAUCAGCCAUGUGUGUUAGCUGGGGACGGAAAUUUGGAAGAAUCGGCGCUUCUCAGUGGCACUUUUACCAUAAGCAAAGAGGAUGACAGUUCGAUCCAAAUCCUCUGUGACACUAACUUGGAAGAGACUGCGGCGGAUUUCACGCUGCAAGACUCGGACACUACUAGGACAACUAUUGUUGAAAAUGACGUUGAUGUAGAGGACACGUCUAUUUGCGAAACAUCGGCUAACACAACUCUAACCAAUCAUGAAGCAGAUAAUGAGAACACACCACGUAUUCCUUGUGAUGCUAAUCUUGAAGAAACAUCGAUCGAAUCCACUUUCUACCAGACUGAUGGGAGCGUAAUAGUAACCAGCAUCAUUUGUAAGGAUGUGGAUCGGUCAUCUAUCGUGGAAGAUACGGCUGACUCCACUUUGACUAACGCGAAGGAGUUCGAAUCUCCAUACCAUGAGUGUGAUUCAAACUUGGAAGAGUCGGUUAUUAGUUCCAUAUAUAGUGAGACUAUCGCAUCUGAGAAUACAACAAUUACUAUCGAUAGCGAAGUUGAGCCAUCACUUUGUGGUACCACGUUCACUAUCGAUAAAAAGCAUAAGCAGAUCCCAGCUGAUAGUAAUCUCGAGAUAUCUGCCAUGGAGUCGACGAUCGUUGAUGUUACAGGAAGUAGCGAAACUUUAUCAGCAGAUGCUGACGAGACUCUGAAAACUGCACUUGAUGAGGAGGUCUUUGCGCAAAAGCACGCUGGUGAUUCGAAUCUGGAAGAGACAUGCCUUGACGGAGCUCGUCUGGAAGAUCUCGAACAAGUAACUCCAAAGAAGCAGUGCGACUCAAUUCGUGUUUUCGUAGAGGCAAAGGCAUCGCCUUUGAGCGCAAAUGAUUCUGUUGUCAAUCAGGGGCUGAGUCUAGCGAAUGAACUUGGAGAGCUGGGAGUGAAUCUGGAUAGGUCGUCAGCACAAAUUAAAGUGACGGCGUCAGGAAAUGUGUCGAUCUUGGAAAAAGCUGAAGAAGAUGGCGGUACCUGUUCUGACAGUUCGAGAUAUAUCACAUCCGCUUCCACGGCGGUCAGUGAAUCGAAAAUUUUCGCGGAUACGACAAAGUGCCUGUCACCUGCCAAUACGACGCAAUACGGUGAUAUCAGUAUGGACAUCACAGCUUGCUCGUUUGCGGCUGAUGAUACAAUGGCCGCCUUCACCCCUCGUCCUCCUGAAAGUAAGAGCUCUGCCAUCAAUAACGCCACUUUGGCUGAAGAAUUGGGACGCUUGACGGCUGCUGGUGAUGCCGAUUCAUUUGGUAGUCUUAAUGACGAUACGAUGAGCGCCUUCGAAAGAGGAAAGGCUUUACCGAAUGCCGGAGAAAGUGUAUCAAGCGAUCCGAUGGAGAUGACUGAUGAGAUCAGAACGGAGUCAGAUCCUACAAAGGAGGAGGUGCCAAAUGUGAAGGCUGUUGCAAAGCCAAAAUUUGUCACCAGAAGAUCCGUAAACCCUUAUGCUGCCGCGCCGCUGUCUCCGAUAGCCGACCUCUCUAGAAGUGAAGGCGGUUCCCGUGCUUCCACGGUUCGUCGAGGUGAUUUCGGAUUCGCAGACGCGUCUCCAGUUACUUCACAAAAUCGGAAAUACAAUAUGAACGAUUCCGAGAUAUCAUUUUUGAUGCAUGAGAAUAGAAUUUACGAUAUGGCGCUUCGAAAUGCUGUCGAAUCUCCGGAAGAGUUGGAGCAAAUGCGGAAGAAUAUUAGCCAACUUGAAAAGGACAAGGCGGAUCUGCAUGAAAAGCUUAGAAGCACCGCUGAAGAACGCAAUGCAUACAAAGCAUCCGCAGACACCAAAAGUGUGGAGUUGGGUGUAGUACGUGGGAAGUUGGCAGAAAUCACUAAAGCCAAGGAGAACGCAGAGAAGACAGUCGCUGAUUAUGAAUUUAUUGUUGAAGAUCUGAAAAAGAGGCAUAACAAUCAGAAGCAAGAACUGUUUACAAAGGUGAUCAGCCUCGAAGAAGAACUGGAGACAUGCCGUGCUCAGCUUAGGACUCAGACUGAAUUGUCAUUUACAAGUGCUGGAUUAGCUACUGAAUUAAACGUAUUCAAAGAGCGUCUACUGAUUUCGGAAGAAGCGCAAGGCGCAGCUGAGAAGCGAUGCGAAGACCUAGUCAAAGAGCUUGAGCUAGCAGCCGACAGAAAUUUGGUUUUAUUAAAUCAGAUUGCCGAUACAAACGAAAAGUCGGAUGCUCUCCAGAAAGAGAUUGUUGAAUUGCAUCACGCCAUCGCACAAAAGGAGUCCGCCAUCAAAGAGAUUGAGAAAGCGAACGCUAACCAUCAAGAGAUUGAAAAACAGUUGGAACAUGCCAGGGGUGCUGCGUCAAAAGCAGCGGAAGAAGUGGAUAGUCUCAAAAAGCAGCUUGAAGCUGCUACAAAUGAUCUAUCUGUUUUGCGCGAAGUUCAAACCAGCAGCGAGCUAGAAUUGAUCAGAUUGAAGGACGAUUUGAGUAUUCGUGAGAAAAAACUUGAAGAAGCCAAUGCGGGAGCAGCAAAAAUGAAAAAUGAAAAGGAGAUUGCCAUCGCUGAGCUGAAGGAGAAAUCGCAGCUCUUUGCAGAAGAACAGGCGAAGACGAGUGUUUUAGCUGCCAAGCUGGCAGAUCUCAAGGAGGAGCGUGCAUUACAAGAAGCUGCUCUUGUUGAAGUCGGACGCGAAACUGAGCGCUUACAGUCUGAGAAAAAUAUCUUGUCUGGUGAAGUAGAAGAAGCGAAAUCCAAGUUAAGUGUUGAGACAAGCCGUGCUGAAGAGGCCGAGAAAAAAUUGAAAGGGGUUGCCGAUGCUUUCGAGGAGGAGAAACAACAAAUGAAUAAGCUCAUAUCAAAGACGGCUGCAGAGAAGGCAGAUUUGGAAACUAGAAUGAAUGAGGCGGAUACGAAGAUGAUCGCGCUAAGCGAAGAGUUGGAAAAGAGAACAGAGCUGAUUUCCCGGUUGGAGGAGUCAAAAGGAGCGCUUGAAGAAGAGGCAAAGAAGCUACAGUCAGAUAUACUGCUGCUAGUACAAGAAUGUGAGGAAAAAACCAAAGAAGUGGAGCAGUUAAACUCUGCCUUCGCUGCCUCGAAAAAGGAAUUCAACUCGCUACAAGAGGAGCUUACAUCUACAAAAGCUGAGUUGGCGGCUGCCAAUGAAGGAGUCCUUGAAGCAGCUGAUGCAAAGCGGUUGGUAGAUUCACUCAGAAGCGAAUUGGAUGCUGAACGCGCUGCUUUCGCUACCCAACUGAAUGCUGAAAAGGAGGCAAGUAAAAAGUUACUAGAAGAUAUGAACGAGGCAAAAGAAACUUUGGCACGACUUCGCGAAGAGAAAGUUAUGGUCGACGACACUCUCCAGAAGGUUACUGCUGAGAAAGCCGCAACUGAAAAGCAACUGCAGGAAAAUGAUAGUAAAAAGAAUGAAACUUUGGCUGCACUACAGAACGCGAAAAACACAAUGGCGGUACUGGGCAACGAGAAAGAUUUGUUGAGAAGCGAGGUAGACCAGUUGAAAGCAGAUCUGGAGAUGAUGGAACGAAAGCAUUCUGAAGAAAUUUCUGGAAUUCACAAGGAACUUGCCGAGUCAGAGCAAAAGCUUGCCGAGAAGGAAGCGUUUAUGUCCGACUUAGUGAAGGAAUGUGAGAGUUUCGCUAAGAGUGAUAGGGAGCAGCAGGAAAGGGUUGCUGUGUUGCAAAGAAACUGCGAACAACUAAGAACACAGCUUGCUGCUGCAAAGGAAUCAGCAAAAUUCAACAGGGACGAUGAAGCGCUGAAGGAAAAAGUUGCCAUACUUGAGCGGGAAAUUAUGAAUUUGAAAAAGGAGAAGGAAGUACUUGAGCAGACUGCAGAAGCUCAAUCCAAUGAAGUCAAUGAGCUGAAGCAAUCUUUGGCUGCAAAGGACGUGAAAAUUGAACAUCUUGAAAAGCAAUGUGACGAACUGGACGAAAUCGAGGAGAAAUAUCAGCAGCAGAUAUACGAACUCACUGACGAAAGGGAUGCGUUGAAGGCUCAGAUCGACCCAGCUACCGCAAGUAAACCAGUUGUACAAAACCUACGCGCUGCACUUACUGAGGGCAUAAAACCGCUCACACCGGACCAUUCAAUGAACCAUAAUGAGGACGCGCUAAUGGAAGCUCGAGAAAAGAUACUCGAGCUAGAGAGUGAAAUUAACAUUCUGAAGAUGGAGAAGGAACGUUUAGAAAAGAUCGCUCUUUACUCGGAUUGCGACGAUGUGAACACGCUCAAAAGAGAACUUGUGGUCAGGAUCGAACGCAUCGAAUAUCUGGAGAAGCAAUGCGACGAAAUCGAUGAAUUGGAGGAGGGCUACAGGCAGCAGAUUGAUGACUUAACAGAGGAAAGAGAUCGACUGCUGGCACAGCUGCAUCCAACCACCACCACCCAAGCGCCUCCUGUACUAAUUGAUAGAAGCAGAAAGGACUGUGCUACGCCGGAAUCUCAGCAAGUUUCUCAGAGGAAUGACAAGAAAGUACAAGAACUUGAGCAGCUAGUAAAAAGACUGGAAAUUGAAAAGAAGGAAAUAGAGGAUCAGAAGCUCACGGAAAUAAACCGCUUCAAGCAGCAAAAUGAGAAGCUUAGAGAACAGUGUGAUGAACAAAGGAAGAAAAUCGAGGAAUUUGUAGAAAAUGAAGGAGCAGUUGAAAAAGAGAGGGUAAAGAAAGGAACGUUCAGUAGGGAGAAAGAGGAUUCUGCAACGAAUCAAAAUGUCAAAAAACAGAAGGGAAGCUUACUUGAAGUUCUCCGGAAGAGAUCAUGCGACACAUCGAUGGAACAAAGCCAUGAGAGAAGUGAAACUUUUGAAUCCGCCCCAUCAUCACCUACAUUGCCUUCGCGAACAUUCGACUCCGCAUCAGGCUUGGUUUAUGAGGAAUCGGUCUUGGAAACAGUGAAUGCCACACCGAAUCGCACUCUCCACACUACGCUUUACAAGAAAUUGGACAAAACUGCUAAGCUGACAGAAACGCCAAACUCAAACAAAAAAGAAAAUAGUCGAUGUACCCCACAGUGAUCGUUCUAAAUCAAGCAAUAAGAGUGCUUCAAUCCAUAUUCUUUCACUUUUACCUCUUAACGAACUUAACCUAAUCUUAGCUCUAAUAUGCAUGUGUUUCAACUGAUCUCAGUUUAUAUGAGAUUCGCCACUGUAUCAUAGUUUUUGAAAUUUUAGUAAAUAAAUGUGUUUUCAAAUAUAUCAGCGCAGUUUUUA